GGGAACGCGUGUGGGCCGGCGCUGACCUUUGGGCUCCCUGUUUCAGGCAGGGUCCUGCUGAGGGAGGUACAGGCGCUGACCCUGCGCGUAGGUCAGUACACGACAUCCCGGCGGACAGCUGCGGUCCCUCAGCUGCAGUGCACGGGAGGCACCGCGGGGUGUUCCCGCGUCCCUCAGGUGGUUCAGUGCUACAACAAAGGCUGGGAUGGCUAUGACGUACAGUGGCAGUGCAAAGCAGACUUGGAAAAUACCUACCGUUUUGGACAAAUCGAAGUGAGCUGUGAAGGCUACGAUUACCCAGAUGAUCCUUACAUCUUAAGAGGUUCCUGUAGUCUGCUGUUCACGCUAGAGCUGACUGAGGAAGGUGAAAGGAAAGUGAAGAACUCUGGAAGCUUUGGCUCUGGCUAUUAUCAGUCAAGGAAGGAUUCUUUUGAUUCUAGUGCUGGAGCGAUUGUUAUAAUUGUUCUUCUAGUUCUCGCUUUUGGAGUAUACAAGCUCUUCCUCUGUAACCAGCAGCCUCAGCAGAGUUUUGGUGACAGGGAUGGAUUCGCUAGGCCUUCCUGGCAGAGUCAGCAGGCACCUCCUCCUCCUGGUUUUAAGUCCAGCUUCACAGAAGGUGACAGCUUUGGGACUUCUGCCUAUCGUGGAACCAAUUCAGGACCAGGAUUUUGGAGUGGAUUAGGAACAGGAACCUUGCUAGGCUACUUGGCUGGCAGUAACAGAGCACAGCCACGUUCCCCAUAUUACGGUAUGUGGACAGAUCCCACAGCUGCACCUCCAAUGAACAGUCAGUCAAGCAAUUCCACACAAGGUAGCAGUUCAGGAACAAGAACUGCUUCUGGCUUUGGGGGCACAAAAAGAAGAUGAAAUGCUUGAUGUUACUACAU